AUCGCAUUUGUGAUAGUCGCCGAACCAAGCUAAGACUCUCCAAUCGAAAACCAUUCCACGAUUUCUUGGGCCAAGAAUGGGCAAGAACCGCUUCGUUGUGAAUCCAUUCGGACACCUCGCUCUUUCAGAGCUCGACAGGUCCAAGCUCAAGGAGUUCGCCUACAACUUCUUUGACCAGAGUGUCCUCAAGUACGAGGCGUUCAUUGGAGACGGCGGCCCGAAGGUCGAUCCGAAGGAGUGGAAGCUGAUCAAGACGAAAGAUGACACUCGAGUCUACCUAGAGCGUGAGCCUCCAAUCCGGACGUCCAUAUCAGGAUCAGUCUCGGAUCAUCCAGGUCUUCUAAUGACGGGCGUCACGUGGGGCACUGUUGAAGACUGUAUGUACGGUGCAUACAGCCCCACGCUCGAGGCCAUGCGCCUGAAGGCUUCCUACGUCGAAGACAUGAGCGGUGGUGCCGUGCUUGCAGUUCUCGAGGAACCGACGCCUGAGGACCCGUUCAGGUCGAUGACAAUCAAGUGGGUCGAGCUCGAUCUGCCGUUCAACGCGACGAGUUUGGUUAAGAACCGCGACUACGUGUUCAUCGAGUACAUGAAGACCGUCAAGCUGUCAAAUGGCGAGCGCAUCGGCUGCCAGAUCUACCACUCGAUCAAUUUCCCACAGACGAAGGAGCUUCCGAACCGUGUACGAGCUAGCAUGACAGCGUGCGGUAUCUUUCGCCAGCUUGGCCCCGAUACUGUAGAGGUGUACGGUUCGGGCAUCGUCGAUCCUGCUGGUGACAUGAUCAAGGCUUUUGUGAUUCCAAGUAUGGCGACGGGAUAUCUGAGUCUUCUGAAGUACGCUCACUGCAGCAAGAUGAAGAAGAUUGUGUGGUUAUUGGGCAAGCGCUAUGAGCAGUCCAAGGAACUGGGAGCACCGAGCAAAGCUCACAUCUGCGUAACAUGCUGCACUCCUAUUUUGAAGCUCACUCGCGGAGAUUAUGGCAGGAGCGAAGGAAGCACAUGCAAGUUGUGCGUCGGCUACUUAUGCCGUUCCUGCCGUAUUCAGCGCAAGUUGACAUUCAUGACCUCGGUUCUCCAGAUGGAGCAGCGCAAGGUGUCGUUCUGUGGUCUUUGCCUGCAACAAGCCCGUACAAUGAGUCCGAUGGGGGUCAUUAAUGAUCAGAUGCAAUCGUCAAGCAAACAUCAAUUGUCCAAUUCAUGCGGCACCAUUGACUCUUCCUACGCCAGCUCGACCACAUCCGAGUAUUGUUCAAGCACUCUCUCCGAGCCUACUGGCUAAACCGCGAGGAACGAUCGCCAAAGUGGCCAACGUUGUUUGAUAUAGUAUUUGGUUGAAGCGUGAGUAUCGGUAAUAAAACGAAAAGCCUCCUCAUUCAGUCGUCGU